AUUUUUUAAACCAUUCAUUUUUCAAAUGACACAUUGGUAAACAUUGGUUUAAAUCUUAAUUCACUUCCAGUCCCGGACGUAAUUGGAAGUAUGGUUACAUACCCUGUUAUAAUUGCGUUGGCCCUGUGCUUCAUUCGUUACCAACCCCGGCGCUUGAAAGAACUGCUGCUGAUCCGAGAAGGUUUUGAUUCUAAAGUGGGCUUUGCUCAGAGCUCCUUUGACUCUGGGGCUCUGCAGAGGUAUAGUGAGUUUGUCCGUGUGGCACCAGUUGUAACAAUGGGAUUGAAUUUUUUUUUAUUUUGCCCUGAAGAGAGUGCUUAACAGUAAGGUAACAAGUUUUAACACACUUUUUUUGGAAUUUAGGAUUCUUGCCACUUUCAGACUGCAGUGGGAAUAGAAGGGCUGGUGACUGGAGUUUGAAUGUAACACCUGGCGUGCUGAUUGGUACCAUCCUAGCUGGAAGGAAGAACCACGCUUGCUGUCACGUGCCUGCAGCUUGUGAUGGUCAUCAAAAUCUUUUGCAAGGAUGCUUCCGAAGUGACAGUGAGUGUGACCAGAAACCUGCAGUUGUGUUUGCUCAAUACUACUGAUUGCUGCACAGAGCCCCUCUGUAUUAUUGAAACUCUUCAAGUUUCUGCUUGCCGUGAUUCCAAAAUGCUGGCAUAUCUCCUGAUUCAAGCUGAAAUAUAUGCCAACUCUUCUUUUAUGGGAAACGUGUCGGAAAAUGCAUCAGUCAUUCCAAACCAAGUGUAUCAGCCUUUAGGCUCUUGUCCUUGUGACCUGACAGCUGGAGCCUGUGAUAUUCGCUGCUGCUGUGAUGAGGAAUGCUCCUUGGACUUGAAACAGUUGUUCAGUGGAUCCUGUUUCACCGGAGUGUUUGGUGGGAACGUAAACCCGCCUUUUGACCAGCUAUGCUCUGUUCAGGCAGUGCACAAUGUUCCUGACUGGUUUCCUUUCUUGUGUGUACAGUCUUCCCUUGACAAUACACCCUUUCUUGGUUACUUCUACCAUGGCUCUGUUUCUCCAUCCCAGGUUUUUUCAUUCAAGAUCCCUUUACAAACUGUUCCUGAAAAGCUUUCUAAUGGUUACAGACAAGGAGAUCCAAUUAUGACAAAAGAAAAUGAUUAUUUCACAGUUCCUCAGCAGUCCAUGGCUGGACAGUGCGUUGAAAAUAGCCCGGUAGCAUUCCUUCAGAACUUUGAUGCUACUUGUCUUACUAAUCUAGCUUUGUACCAGGAACAAUCCUCUUUUACCCAGAUGAUAAACAAUGGUGCUGGAGACAUGAUACAACCAAAUGUGGUCUUUGAGAAUGUCACAGAUGUGUACAGCUUCAUCACUCGGAUAGAAGACGCUCAGCCGACAGGUUCCUGUAAAAAAGAGACCUUUGCAGAAUAUUAUACAUUCACAUGGAAAGACAGAACAGUACAAGAAGUAAAUGUUACAGUUCUCACUGGAGAGUUGUGUGAUGGAGAACUGUUGACUCGGAGAUUCACAGUAAACUUUGUCAGUGAAAAUAGUACUGCUACAACAGAACUCUCUGGGAAUCCAGGUUAUCAAGUUGGCAAACCUGUUAGAGCUGUAAAUAUGAGCUCCUUGGAUCCUGCCACUCUAAACCUUUGGCAGCCAGUUGGCAGCAGUUUGUGUACACCAACUUUUACACCUGUUCUGUUUGGAAUAAAUUCACUGUCUGGAUGCAUUUUAGAAGUUGAUAUGAAUGAAGAUUGCAAUUGGUUAAGGGAGAAAACAACUGAAAGACUUAACUCAUUGGUACCAGCUACUCAUGUUGGAAAGAGAGGCAACUCCAAUUACAGUGUUCCAAACGACUGGGUGAAAAUAAUACGUUUGGAUCCCUUUAACCCUAAAACCAAUGCAAGUGUUGGAAAUCUGGAAGGGGUAUGCCAGGAUAUUCCAGCUAAUCUGAAUAUUCGCAUAAUCACUGCUGACGUUGGAGCAAUAGAAGGGAUUCCACAGCAAGAGAUACUUGGCGUACAGAUCAGUUUCUCAACUGUGACAUGGCAAUUCCAGUGUGGGAUUAUCUGUGAAAAUAAGCCCAGUUACUUUCCUAUCACUGUGUCAGUGCAGUUUAUUAAAGUACCAGCUCAACCACCAAUUCCAAAGACAAGGUUUCAGAUUAAUUAUACAGAAUAUGACUGCGAUCGAAAUGAAGUUUGCUGGCCACAGCUUCUGUAUCCAUUGACACGGUACUAUACAGGAGAACCAUACUCUCAGUCUCUUGCUAAAGGCUUGGUACUGGUGUUCUUCUUGCUCCUUGCAGUAAUUCUGAGUAAUCCUUGGAGUAAGCUCCUGAUAAUGUGGGAUCACACUUCACUUUAAAAUUGGGCUGCAAAGAGAAACAUUUUGUAAAUGCAGGUUUUUAAUGCUGGUAUUAAACUAGUGUUUGUACAGGUACUUCUUUGUAAAAUUUGUGAAAAAGUAUUUCUGGACUGUACAUAUGUUUUUUUAUAGUUAUAUAUGACAUGUAAAUUAAAAAUGCCACUUGUACAGAA